CUGGCGCCCCAGCCGCGACCGGGGAAUCACCGGCUCUGAGCCUGUAAUCAGACCCCGAGAGCCUGAAGAAGAGGAAAAGGAUCUUGCUCCUUCCAGCCUUUGAGCAUGCGGCUCCUCGGAAAACUCCGCUCCUCAGCUCCAGAGCCCGCCUUCUCCAACGUGCUCACGCCAGGCCGCAUCCCCGAGUUCUGCAUCCCGCCGCGGCUGUCCCUACCGUGCCCGCCAGAAUCUCCCCCGGCCGCCGCUCUGCCUCGGCGGUGCGCGGCAGAACCAGACUUGUGGCCCCGCGCGGGCGAUGAGGGCGCGGGCCUCACCGACUGGGACCCACGCUCACAGGCGGCGCUCUCGCUGCCUCACCUACCCCGCACGCUCACCGCCUACGGCUUCUGCACGCUGCUCGAGAGCCCGCACACGCGCCGCAAGGAGUCGCUCUUUCUCGGGGAUCCCCGCGCCGCCGCGCUCCUGCAACCUCCCGCCGCCAGACCGCGGGUGCACACCUAUGGUGGCAACGGAGGUCGAGACGUUCCCCGCCUGCCCCUGCGAACCUCGGACGCAGCUCCUGCCACGGCACCCGACUGUCCCUGUCCGCCCCGGGACGCGCUCUCCCCGAGGCCCUGCGGCCGCCGCCUUCUACGAGCCCCUAACGGGCUGCUGAGCCGCGCGCUGCGGGCUCGGAGGAGUCGCGGCUUGGCUCGCGCCCGCUCAGUCUCCAACCAGGACGACGACGAGGAGCGCGGCUCCGCCUCUCAGCCCCAAACCCCGGCGCCCCCAUGCCUGCCCUCAUCCCUGGACCCACGGACGAAACUCGUGGAAGCCGAGGGCAUGGUGGCACUGGGCCGCCCUGGCUGUGCCUUGCGCCUGGCCGCAGACUACUGUCCCGGCAGCGGGCGCCUCCGCAUCCGGCUGCUGCGUGCCGAGGGCCUGGCCGGAGGUACCCUGGCCCUGGCCCUCGGCUGCCGCAUCAGUUUGGUCCUGCAGCUGCCAGGCUCCACGAGCAAGCAGCGCAGCUCAGUGCUCCGGCGGAGUCUCAAGGACGCUUUCGACCAGGACUUCUGCUUCGACGGGCUCACGGUAGACCAGGUGCGCCACCUGACUGUGCGCGUCAAGGCGGAGAACAAGGGCCGCGGCCUGGAGCGGGGUCGCUUGCUGGGCCAGGGCGAGCUGCUGUUGGGCUCCCUCCUUCUCCUCUGAGGGCUCCGGGCCCCUCCCUUGGGCGCCUUUGGCCAGCUGAGGACUCUGACAGCCGCUUGGCUCUUGGACACUAACAGCUACU